AUGCCAAAACCAACAGCCUCAUCCCCGCCUGCAGCUCUCAGCCCGGGCGCGCUGAAAGCCCUCAUCGAAACCCUCGCCGUCCGCAUGAGUCUGCACAAAUCGCUUCGAUCAUGGCAAACCGCUCGCGAGAGCCAAGCGAGCGAUAGGAGCAAAAUGGUCGCGUUCCGCAGAUAUAUCUUCUGGCUGUGGCUGUACACCAUGAGCCAGCACUUCGCGCACUUCCACAACGCCCCGCCGUCGAUCAGAGAGGAUCGUUCGAUUAGGGAUGCGGUUACGGCGCUGGGCGUGCUGAAAUCCGAGGCUCUGGCUGAGUGGUGGGUUCCGGAGGACACGGAGGCUGAGUUGGAAACGAUUCUGUCUACUGGUCGCGAGGUCGACGGGAGGCUAUCUGCAUGGUGGCAGAAGACACGGCCAGUCUCGUGCGACCUCAGCGCGGAGGACUCUCGAGGCGGCAACACAUCUAUGGCCUUCCAUUACUGCUUCUCACGCUUCUGCAUCAGUCUCUACAUGACGAACCUGAUCCACUCCGCCGACCUCAGGGGAAGUCGACCGCAAACCGCUCCGGAAUCCUCACCAGAAGAACACCCUCAUCCUCCUUCUCUCACAAUCACAAAAGGCCUCCAAAAAUCCCUCGACGCCGCCCUCGCCUGCUGCAAGUCCUUCCUCUCGCAAACCCCCUUCUCAGCCGACAGAGCCCGAUACAUCCCCGACAACGGCUUCGCGAUGAUUACGUACGUCGCCUGGUUUCUGUUGGAGGCGGUUUGUCUGCUACCUGAGUCCUCAGUCUUGCAGAAGUCUGAGCUCGUAGACACCGCGAGGAGGAUCUCGGAGCUUUUGAGUGAUCUUGCGGCGGAUGGGGCCCAUGCGGCGAAGGUGUAUUCGGGGAGGUUGGAGGCGAAGAUAAGCGCUGUGGAUGGUUUGCACGAGGCUUUGCGGCGCGGAGCAUCUUCGCGGCUGGAAGUGGUUGCAAUUGAGGAACUGGGAACGAGGAGCAAUCCUCUACAGCCGGACAUAUUAGCUACGCCCUCAACGCCCUCCCCGAUUGUCAUUAGCCCAGCCGCCGAUCGAGGCGUUGUUCUCGAGCACACAGAAAGAGAGCUGACUCAAGCGUGUGAUCUUGAGCAAUGGGAUUCAUUUCUGGACUUAUCGUGGAAGUGGUGA